AUGAAAUCUUUUUAUUAGCUACCAACAUCCAUCAUAUUUAAUUUGAAGAUUUCCAAUAAAGUGUAUUCAUAUUAGUAUCUAUUUAUCUUGCUUUUAUUAAUAGGCUUUUGCUUGUUUAUUUAUUUGUUUGUUUGUUUGUUUGUGAUUUUGAAGGGGAAUAAAUCUUAAUGA